ACAAAGAGCUUCCUGACAACAUCAGGGCCAGAACAUCUCCUCCUACUCCACUGUCCAUACUUCUAGACGUACCGCCCAGCAUGUCGAACCCGCGUAUCGAAGAGCUCCCAGAUGAUGAGCCCACGAAGAAUGUCACCGCCGAGGAUGAGGGAUCCGAGAGCUCUGACUCUGAGGUUGAGACGGGCGAGAGCGGCCUUCCUGCAGGAGGAGCAAUCGUCCACUCCCGCAACGAGAAGAAGGCGCGCAAGUCAAUUGCUAAGCUCGGCCUCACUAGAGUUCCUGGAAUCACCAGAGUCACUCUGAGAAGACCAAAGAACAUCCUCUUCGUCAUCAACCAACCUGAGGUCUACAAGUCCCCCACCAGCAACACAUACAUUGUCUUUGGUGAGGCCAAGAUUGAGGAUCUCAACUCCCAAGCCCAAGCUUCCGCUGCUCAACAACUGGCUGCUGCUGAGGCUCACGACCACUCUGGACACGACCACUCGGGCCAUGAUCACUCAGGUCACGACCAUGGCAAGGGCAAGGCCAUUGAUACGGGUGAUGACAAGAAGGACGAUGACGAGGAUGAUGGAGAGGAGGUCGAUGCUACUGGUCUCGAGGACAAGGAUAUUGAGUUGGUCAUGACCCAAGCAAGCGUCUCGAGGAACAAGGCUAUCAAGGCAUUGAAGGAGAACGACAACGACAUAGUCAACUCUAUUAUGGCUCUCAGCAUAUAGGGUCCGUAACCAGUGAGGUUAAUCUGGCUUGCAGUGGGGUACCUGGCUGAUGGGGAAGCUGUGAUGGUAGAUGCUAGGACAUGCCCUACAUCCGGGGAGAAAACACAUAUUCUGAAAUGCAAAAAUGGAUUGCAUCUCCAGAAAUUGUUAAGAGAGUGCUUUCGAUCUUGUCUGAUGUGAUCCUUUGCUGCUGAGGACUGUUUGACUGGAAAUCGGCUCCUUGAAGAACUCCAAUCCUCUGGAAAUGUAAACCAAGCCAAAUCGCAAG